AUGGUGACGGGCUCAAGCAGCAAUCCAGCCUACGUCGGAGAGAAUUUCGCUCGCAAGGGAGUUGUGUUCGUGAGCUUCAACACUCGCGAGAGUCUUUGGGCAUACCCCAACUCCGCCGAGCUGGUCGAUGGCGAGGAGUCGCAGAACUUCGGUAUUCUCGAUGUCGACAAGGCUUUGCAAUGGGUCUUCGACAACAUCGCCCAGUUUGGCGGUGACCCCAACCGUGUCGUGUUCGGAGGUCAUUCUUCUGGCUCUGUUCAGGUCGACCACUACCUCUGGAACCACCCCAACACACCACUCGUCGGGGCCGUUCAGAUGGCUGCCAACGCAAAGUCUGGCCCUGCUGUCGGUCCUACCAACGAAGCGCUCGAUCUCGUUGCCAAAGAGGUUGGCUGCGCAACUGGUGCAGGACAGCUCGAGUGCCUGCGCAAGGUGGACAUGUACGCCUUCCAAACCGAGGCCUUCAAUGCCACCUUGAACACGUACUUCACGCCUGUCGUAGACGAGAAGACACGCUACCAAGACUAUGCUGCGCGGUUCGCUGCCGGCAACUACGCUUCCCAUGUACCCCUCCUGACGGGUAACUCCGACAAAGAGGGCGCCCUUUUCGGUCUGGUGUAUGGCAGCGAGAACACAGACUUUUCGGCGUGGCUCAAGACCUUCGAUGCUGACGUCGCCGAGAUCCCAAACAACAUCAUCGAGGCCGCGUACGACAUCGCCGACUAUUCCAGUGUCUCGGAAAUGAGCGGCGCUCAGUACGGUGAUGCACGCUUCUUCUGCCCUGUUGAUCACUUCAUCGACUUGCGCAGCGAGACCCAAGAUACUUGGUCAUACCGCUUCCUCGGCAACUACUCCAACCUCUUGCCUCUGCCUGUCGACUACCCAACACACGGCGCUGAGAUUCCCUUCUUCUUCGGAGGCAACGGUGCCUUUGCUGGUGUUGAGGGAGUGACUGCCGAGGAACAGGCGCUUGCUGACUUCCAAAACGACUGGUUCAUCGAGUUCAUCAAGAACCCCGCCGCUGGUCCUGGAUGGGAAAAGGCCACUCCUCGCAGCGGCCCGAUUGCGAAGCUUGGUGUGCCUGGAAACGAGCUUACUGUUGAAAUUGGCAACACAGCCGAAUACAAUGGCAGAUGUCAAAAGGUGUACAACCCAUAUCUGCCAAAGUACCCUGUCAUCCAGAGCGUACUCUCUGGUGUCAUGGACAUGGUAGAGGGCGUCAUCGGAAACUAG